UGUCAGUGAUGAUUUACAAUUUCCCUAUUUCUGAAUUACCACUUUACAGAUUAAAAAAACUACCAUUCAGUAAAUAUUAGUAGAGAAACACUAUUAUUAAAAUUCCAAGUCCUUAUUGUUUGUUAAUGGUGCCAUAGAUCUACCAGCAUCAGAUGACGGCGGUGCAGGCGGUAGGCCGCUGCAUGGGCUGGCAGCUGCUGGCCUCCAGCGCACACCUCGGCUCCGGACCCGUUGAGCCUCUCAGCAAUGCUUCAUCCUGUCUGCUCGCUUCGCCCAACGGAGAUAGAAUGAUCGCAAUAAGAUGUGAGCCAUCAGUUGGAAUCCAAGUGUUUAUAGCACAAUCGCCUAGAAAAGAUUUCUUUGCAAGUGAAUUGGUGCAAGACAAGAAAUGGGAGAACCUCGGUGGCGCAUUCAAAGAGAUCAAAUUGGAAAAAAUGGAGGGCAAAAACUUUCUCAACAAGAUGGAACUAUUAAUGGCCUGUCUUAGCAGUCCCUCAUAAUUUAUUACCAUAAACUUUUAUAAUUUUAAGAAUAAAACCAUUUCAAGCAUA